UCAGCCCCACCCCAUGCUAUAAAAGUGACUACAUCCGUUCGAAUUGGCGUCAGUUCGCUCUUUGCUUACCUUCACCUAAUCACGUUAGAAACCAUGAAAUAUCUCAUUGUUCUUCUUGGUUUGUUGCUGACCUUUUCCUGGAAAUCUCAAGCAGGUUACAUACCUAGUGGGGCAGGAUAUGGAGGUGACGACCAUGGAAACGAUGGUGGAGGUGAUGAAAACUCUAUUCAACACGAUGAAGGCAACCAAAAUGAUAGUGGAGAGUAUGGAGGUGGUGGUGGAAUUGGUGAUCAAGGACAAGAUUAUGGAUCACAUAACUUAGGAGGUGGAGGUCACGAUUUAGGAGGUGGAUCUCAUGACUUAGGAGGUGGCUCCCAUGAUUUAGGAGGUGGAUCUGACUACGGAGGUGGAUCCCAUGAUUUGGGAUCCCAUGACGUAGGAGGUGGAUCUCAUGACUUAGGAGGUGGAGAUCAUGAUUUAGGAGGUGGAAUUCAUGACUUAGGUGGAGAUGAUGGAAAUUAUGGAGGAGGUUUCACUGGAUUAGGAGAUUCAGGAGAUGAUAAUCAAGAACAAUAUCAACCACGUGAUGGUGGAGAAGAACAUGUUAAUGUUCCAACACAAACUGUCGAAUACACAAAACCUGUUCCAGUGGAAAUAAUUAAAAAGAUAGGAGUUCCUCAACCACAUCCCGUUCAUAUUCCAGUGCCUCAAGUUAUUAAAGUUCCAGUUCCCCAACCUUAUCCAGUUCAUGUUAAUGUUCCCCACCCAGUUGCCAUCCCAAUUUACAAAUUGGUUCCCCAAGAAAUCGAAACGAAAAUUCCAGUGACUGUUGAAAAACCUGAACCACACUAUAUUGAAAAACCUUAUAAAGUUGAAAUUGAAAUGCAUUAUCCUGUACAUGUAGCUAAACCAUACCCUGUUUAUUAUCCAGUUUACAAACAUGUUUAUGUUAAUGACAAACAACAUCAUGGUGGUGAUGGUGAACAUCAUUAAUCUAAUUGUUGGCUUUUCAAUUUAUUUUUAAAUUGGUUUAAAACUGGAAUGAUGGACGUAAUCAUUUUUGUUAGUUUCUUGUGAUCUAAUUUAGUAGUUUAUUUUAUACAGAAAAUGAACUUACGUCGAUUGUUCCAGAAACUGUCUUAACGUAAUUGCAGAAAUUCAUUUCUUAUCAUCCUCAUUCUUUCAUUUUUUUCAUCUUGAUUGUUAUAAUUAUUUUGUUAUUUUUUGUUAAAAAAAUGUACAUAUCAAAAAAUCUCAUCAAAAAAAAAAUAAAUAAAUAUAUGACAU